GUAAAGGUGUCGGUUAUGGCAAUGGUUCUUAUAAAUCGCAGACGAUGGCAGCGGUAGAAGUAGAAGCAACGCAUGGUGUGUGAGAAUUUACGAAAGUACCCAGCCAACAGCAAUACCACCACCCUUUGUUUCUCUCUCUGUUGCCAACAGCCGUUUCUAUUCCAGCGAAAAAAGAUACAAUAAUAGAAUUGGCGAAAGAAAGAAAGGUGAAUGUGAAUCGGAGCGUUUGUGGUCUAAAGUUGGGUGGUGGUGGCAGAGAGAGAGAAAGAGAGAGAGAGAGAGAGAAAAUCAAUCGAAUAAAUCUGGCAAAUCUUGUGGGAUUGAGGGCUCGGUCUUCCUCCAAGCAAGCUUCCCCUGAUUUGCAAGACGAGGAGGAGGAGUGCAGACCUUGGCGUCGCCGCUUAACCAUGUCUUUCUCUUGGGCCUCCGCCCUCAGGAUCACCAUCCUCCUCCUCCUCCUUGCCGCCGUCAUCACCGCGUGCUUCACUCUACCAGUCGAGAAGAUGAUGAAGGACUUCUUAUUAUGGGUCGAUCACGAUCUUGGGCCCUGGGGCCCAAUCGUUCUGGCUGUUGCUUACAUUCCUUUGACUGUCUUGGCAGUGCCAGCUUCGGUGCUUACUCUUGGGGGUGGUUAUCUUUUUGGACUUCCAGUGGGUUUUGUUGCUGAUUCUAUUGGUGCAACUAUUGGUGCCGGAGCUGCAUUUCUCCUUGGCAGAACAAUUGGAAGAUCAUUUGUUGUUUCUAGGUUGAAGGAUUAUCCACAAUUCAGAUCAGUGGCAAUUGCGAUUCGAAGAUCAGGCUUUAAGAUUGUAUUACUGCUUCGGCUUGUUCCACUUCUACCGUUUAACAUGUUAAAUUAUCUCUUAUCGGUGACUCCUGUUUCGGUGGGGGAAUACAUGCUGGCUUCCUGGUUAGGAAUGAUGCCAAUAACAUUGGCACUGGUAUAUGUGGGAACAACUCUAAAAGAUCUUUCUGAUGUGACACAUGGUUGGGGCGAGUUUUCAAAGACUCGUUGGGCUUUUAUCGUUCUUGGUCUUGUGAUAUCUGUGAUUCUGAUGAUAUGUGUGACUAGAGUUGCCAAGUCUGCUUUAGAUAAAGCCUUGGCUGAAAAUGAAGACAUUGAUGAUAUUAUUUCUCCUGAGUUACCUAUUGUUGCUGAAGCAUCACCAAGUCUCAACCAACCUCUGAUAAUUAAGAUAGAUUCUGCUGAAGACAGUCAUGAAAAGUAAAAUCUUUUUUGUGUAAAUUCUUUUUCCAUCCUUCCCUCUAAAGGCUAUAUGCUUUUUUUAAUUAAAGCUUAGAGGUAGCUGCCUGCUUCUAUUUAUUCGCGAUUUGUACAGAGUCAAAUUUAGAAAAUAGUGUUUAAUCCUACAACCAAUGUCACAUUAUGGACUGCGUUUCUGUCUUAACACAACAAAAGUUAAUGCUAUGAACAUUCCUCGUUCUCUUUGUUUUCACUAUUCA